AUGGAAGUUGAGACAGGAGGAAUGCCCGAAGCUCUGCCUGCCAAGGCCUCCGCCACGCUUGUGAGCGAUGGUUCCGUCGACUUCCGCGGGAGGAUCGCCGAUAAAGUCACCACCGGAGGCUGGAGAGCCGCACCUUUCAUCAUCGUGAACGAGGUUGCGGAGAGGAUGACUUUCUAUGCAAUCGCAAUCAACUUGGUGAUAUUUUUGAGGAAGGAGAUGCACGAAGAGCUGGCAGAAGCAAGCAACCAUGUGACGAACUGGAUAGGUUCUGCCUUCAUUCUUACUGUUGUUGGGGCAUUCCUUGCUGAUUCUUAUCUCGGUCGAUUCCUCACCACUGUCAUCUUCUCCUCUAUCUAUGCGGUGGGAGCUGUGCUACUGACGGUGGCAGCUAGCAUCGACAGCUUCAGGCCGCCGCCCUGUGAAUUUGGCGGCGAAGAUUGCCAGUCGGCGUCAUUACUACAGGACGCCUUCUUGUUCGGCGCGAUAUCGCUGAUCGCAGUCGGCACUGGCGGCAUCAAGCCCUGCAUCUCAUCCUUCGGCGCCGACCAGUUCGACGACGCAGACCCCAACGAAUCCCGCAAGAAAUGCUCAUUCUUCAACUGGUUCUUCUUCGCCAUCAACUUCGGAGCCAUGAUCAGCAUCACCCUUAUUGCUUACAUAGAAGAACGCAAGGACUGGGGCUGGGGCUUCGGCGUCUCCGCUGCCGCCAAUGUCGCGGCUGUUUUAACCCUCGUUGCCGGCAUGCGCUUCUAUCGCCACCAGAAGCCGAGAGGCAGCCCAUUCACACGCUUUCUCCAAGUCUUUGUCGCGGCCUGCCGUAAUUACGCCAAGGGAGUGGAAGUGAAGAGCGAGGAAGAUCUCUUCGAGGUGAUGACGGAGAGAUCACUCCCUCACACCAGGCGUUUCAAAUUCCUCGACAAGGCCGCGGUGGGGUCGGAGGAUGCAAAAGCAGCAGACACGGUGAGCCGGUGGAAGCUUUGCACGUUGACGCAAGUGGAGGAGUUCAAAUCCUUCGUAAGAGUCCUCCCAAUCUGGGCCACCACUAUCGCCUUCCCCUUUGCAUUUGCUCAGAUCAGCUUCUUCAUCAGUCAAGGCAUGGUUAUGGACCGCAGGCUCUCCGAACACUUGGUAGUCCCACCGGGCUCCGUGGCUAUCUUCGCCACCGUGAAUGCUCUGUUUUUCAUUCCCCUGUACGAGCGAUACCUUGUUCCACUCUUCAAGCACUUUACUGGCCACCCACGCGGGCUAUCCUCGUUGCAACGCGUGGGGAUUGGGCUGUUCAUUACCAUCCCCACCUUCGCCAUCGCCGCGCUGGUAGAGCGCCACCGGAGAAGCUCCGCAGAUCAAUCGAAAACUCUGACCUUUUGGUGGCUGUCGCCGCAGUAUUUUCUUCUGGGGAUUGCGGAGAUGUUCACCUACGUUGGACAACUAGAGUUUUUCUACGACGAGGCUACGGAUGGGACAAGGAGUGUGAGCACCGCCGUGUUUAUGAGUGCGAUUGGAGUGGGGAACUGGUUGAGUGCGUUGCUGGUGAAGAUUGUGGAGAGAGGGAAGGAAGGCUGGCUGAGCAGUGAUCUCAAUAGGAGUAAGUUAGAUUACUAUUACUGGAUUGUUUGUGGGAUCAACGCUGUGAACUUUGGUAUUUUUUUUGCGGUGGUGGCUCGGUUCUAUAAGGGGGAUUGUGCGGCAUCAGGAAAAAACAGAGAUGAAGUUCAGUCAAAUUGGUCGAAGACGGUGGCAGGAGAGGACUGA